UUAAAGCUAAAAGGGCGAGUAAAAGAAUCUGGCGGGAAGAAACGCGCCACUACUUACUGAAAUGACAGCAUCAUCCUCUUCUAUUUUAAUUUCCAAACUGCCCCACCAUUCCUAUUCAGAACCACCGCGCGUGAAUUGCACCGUUGCCUACGGUAGCAACCACCAGUUCUCGGGGAUCUUCUCUAACACUACUGAGUUUCAGAAUCCUCCUGAUAACAAAAAGCAUUGAUUAUCUCACUGUUUUUGUCAAGUUAGGCUUAGGGUUAGGGUUGGGAUUUUAUUUAUCAAAUGGCAACCAAGGUUUCCGAUGAACUCUUAUCAACCGUCCGAGCGAUCGUCGGAUCAGAAUACUCUGACAUGGACAUAAUCAGAGCCCUACACAUGGCUAAUCUUAAUCCCACUGGUGCCAUUAACAUCAUUUUCGACACUCCCAAUUUUAAAACCCCUGAAAUCAAAGUUACACCUGCCAACCCAAAAGUGAUCGUCGGCAAAGAGCAGGAGAGCAGGCCAUUGAGUGAAAACGGGAAUGCUAGAUUUGUUUGUGGGGUGAAUGGAGCAGGAGAUGGUGUUAUUGAUUUGAGUAUGGACGAAGAGCGAAAAGAGUCUACUAGGAAAGGAAGUGAGUGGUUGUUUGUGGGGUGGAGUUACGUAUCAGGGAUGUCGACGUGUAAGGGGAGGAAGUUGAAGUGUGGCGAUGAAGUGGAGUUUUCGUUUCCAUUGAGGAAUUCAUCUUUGCCGAAUAAGAGUUUUGGGAGAGCAAGGCAAUCAAUGGUAGCUUGUUCGGAGAUUGUGAGGUUUUCAACAAAGAGUGGCGGAGAGAUUGGUCGAAUACCGAACGAGUGGGCUCGAUGUUUGUUACCGCUGGUGAGGGAUAAGAAGGUUAUGAUUGAGGGUUGUUGUAAGCAUGCUCCUGAUGUCUUGAGCAUAAUGGAUACUAUUGUUUUGUCAUUAAGAGUCUAUAUCAAUAAUUCCAUGUUUCGUAAGCACAUCCAAGCCUCACUCGACACUGGAAGCAAUUAUAGUGAGGAUUCCGUUAUUCAUCCUAUUCCAAAUUUGUUCCGGUUGCUUGGCAUGACUCCUUUUAUGAAGGCAGAAUUUACUCCCAGUGAUUUGUAUACAAGGAAGAGACCUUUGGAAUCAAAGGUUCUUUCUGGUAUUCCUCCCUCAUUAUUACAAGUCAACAAGUUUAAGAAUCAGUCUCGAAAUGAAAAUGAAAUUGAAAGUGAGGAGUCAAUUUCAGACGCUGAUCUUGACAACAUUGUUGGUGUUGGAAACAGCUCUGAGUUAGAGGAGUUGGAUCCCCCUAGUACUCUUCUGUGUGAACUUCGCCCCUACCAGAAGCAAGCCCUUUAUUGGAUGGCACAUCGGGAGAAGGGGCAAUCAAUGGAUGAGGCAGCAAGAACCCUUCACCCAUGUUGGGAGGCAUAUCGUCUAGCAGAUGAGAGGGAGCCGGUGGUCUAUUUGAAUUCAUUUUCUGGCGAUGCUACCACAGAAUUUCCAAGCACACUUCAAAUGUCCAGAGGAGGGAUUCUGGCAGAUGCUAUGGGCCUUGGCAAGACCAUUAUGACCUUAGCUCUCAUCCUCACUCAAGCAGAAAGAGGUACAUCAUCAGGUAGUCCGUCUUCAAGUCAGCAUGCUGGUGAGCCUAUUGAAGGUGUUGAUAUUUCAGAUAAAUCGAUGAAUCUCCCAAAGAAGGAACCAAAAAUUUCAGUCUUGGAUAAGCUGGUGAAGAAAAAUAAUACACUUCCACGAGGUGGCACUCUGAUUAUAUGUCCUAUGACCCUUUUAGGCCAGUGGAAGGCAGAGAUCGAAACUCAUGCAGAACCAGGGUCUCUGUCUUUGUAUGUUCAUUAUGGACCAGGUAGACAGAAGGAUGCCAAUAUUUUAGUCGAGAGUGACGUUGUUAUUACUACCUAUGGAAUACUUACAUCAGAAUAUUCUUUGGAGAAUAUUGAAAACAAUGGAGGGCUUCACUCUGUUCAGUGGUUUAGGGUUGUUCUCGAUGAGGCACAUAUCAUUAAAUCAAGUAAAAGCCAAAUUUCCAUCGCUGCUGCUGCUCUUGUUGCUGAUUGUCGCUGGUGUCUCACGGGCACUCCGAUCCAGAACAACCUUGCAGACAUAUACAGCCUUCUUCGAUUUUUGAGGCUGGAACCAUGGGGAACUUGGGCAUGGUGGUACAAACUUGUCCAAAAACCAUUUGAAGAAGGUGAUGAGAGAGGGCUAAAGUUGGUCCAAUCCAUUCUAAAGCCAAUCAUGUUAAGGAGAACAAAGUCUAGCACUGAUAGAUUUGGCAGGCCUAUUUUAGUUCUCCCUCCUGCUGAUAUUCAGGUUAUAUACUGUGAGCUCACAGAUGCUGAAAAAGACUUCUAUGAGGCCCUUUUUAAGAGAUCCAAGGUAAAGUUUGAUAAGUUUGUUGAGCAAGGACGGGUUCUUCAUAAUUAUGCUUCAAUAUUGGAGUUACUUUUGCGUCUUCGCCAAUGUUGUGAUCAUCCAUUUCUUGUGAUGAGCCGAGGUGAUACGCAAGAAUAUGCAGAUCUGAAUAAGCUAGCUAAGCGUUUCCUGAAAGGGAGCCAUAAUGAACUAGAAGGGGAAGCCAAAGAAAUGCCUUCACGGGCAUAUGUACAGGAGGUUGUGGAGGAGCUACGCAAGGGGGGAGAUGGAGAAUGUCCAAUAUGUCUGGAAGCAUUUGAAGAUGCAGUAUUGACUCCGUGUGCCCACCGUUUAUGCCGUGAAUGUCUCCUGUCAAGUUGGAGAACUCCUACUUCUGGAUUAUGUCCUGUUUGCAGGAAAGUCAUCAAUAGACAAGAUCUUAUUACAGCCCCGACUGAUAGUCGUUUCACGGUUGAUGUUGAGAAGAAUUGGGUGGAAUCAUCUAAAAUUGUUGUUCUUUUGCAAGAACUUGAAAAUCUUUGCAAAUCAGGCUCCAAGAGCAUUAUAUUUAGCCAGUGGACUGCCUUUUUGGACCUCUUGCAGAUUCCUCUUUCUCGGAACAAAAUUACAUUUCUUCGUUUGGAUGGAACUCUUAAUCAGCGGCAACGUGAAAAAGUGUUAAAACAGUUCUCAGAAGAUAGCAACAUCCUGGUGUUGCUGAUGUCACUAAAGGCUGGUGGGGUUGGAAUAAAUCUAACAGCAGCUUCCAAUGCUUUUGUCUUGGAUCCGUGGUGGAAUCCAGCCGUGGAGGAGCAAGCUGUCAUGCGCAUUCAUCGUAUUGGACAAAAAAACAGGGUGGUGAUUAAACGGUUCAUUGUGAAGGGAACGGUUGAAGAAAGAAUGGAAGCAGUGCAAGCACGUAAGCAGCGGAUGAUUGCAGGUGCCUUGACCGAUCAAGAAGUUAGAAGUGCCCGCAUUGAGGAACUUAAGAUGCUUUUUACUUGAACUUCUUCAAAAAUGGGGAAAUUUUGUUGAGAUCACUUGUCAUGGGGUAGUCUCUCUUGUUAUCCUCUUGUGCUCUUUUAUCAAGAAUUUUGGAAAUCAGCCAACCUGGAAACUAGCAUUCCACCUCAAAAAAAGAUUGGUUAAGAGAUUAUUUUAAGCUAUGCAGUUUUUCUGGUCCAUCGGUCAUGUGGGCUGCUGAGGGUAGGCAGAAAUAGGCAGAUUGGGUGAGAUUCCAUUGUUGGAAACGCUGUAAAUUUUGGUGCACAGUACUUGUAAUUAUGUCAUUAUUAUUGGUAUGAAUAGAGGAUUAAUAGCAUAUUCUGGUGUCAACCAUUGAAAUUUGUAAUCCAAAGUAUUGGUAUUUUGCUUGUAUUAAA